AAAAAAAGAGAAUAAAAUUAUUUAUCCACAUCCGAAUCCGAUUGAAGCGAACGCAAGAAAUUCAAAAACCUCAAAGGGAGAGAAUCAAAACCCUGCGAAGAAAAAUGAAGCAACCAGGGAUUCCGAACGCAGCCCAGGAAACCCUAGCCGGCCAAGACCAGUCAGGGGCGAAGCAAAAGCCGAAGAAAUUCCCAACACCACAGGAGCUGAUCUCUCACUACCAGGAACGAGGGAUCGAGCCGGCCGAAGCAUCCGUCAAGGUGAUCGAGGACCUCCAAAACGCGCUCAUGCGCGUCGUUUCGUCCUCCAGGAACGCCACCGCCAAAAACAAGCUCUUCGCCGACGCGUCGAGGAAGAUUGACGCCGUUAACGGAAGACUCGCCGUCGUCGACGCUAAGCUGGACUCGAAGCCUGGGUAUGGUGAGACAUUUGCCUUAGGGUUAGCUUCUGGUGCGGCGCUCAACGGGAUUAGCGCCGUUUGGCCUCACGUUAUCAGAGGCCUUGGCCAGAUUUGGUCCGCCGUUAAGGGCGUGACGGAUCCGUCGUCGCCGUCAUCUUCCCCGUGAAUUGUUGGACGGAAUAUUCUCUAAUGGUGCGUGGUAGGAUAGGAGAAUUUCAAGAUCGGGUUUUUAAUUUUUUAUGCACCUGGGGUUUUGUUGUAAUGGGAAGAUUUUGAGUUAUUCCAUCCAACGUUAAAGAGAUAACGGAGGGAAUUUUAUGUUAUUUUA